AUCGCUUUGAGCGAACUUGUCAAGGCAUACUCCACCACAUGUCCGAACAAGAAACCAACAUCGUCCCAAGCAACUCGGCAAUGACCAACGACAUCUGUGGCGAAACACCAUCGGCAUCCAAGGCAACCGUCGAGACCAACACCUGUGCGCAGGGCAAGCUACCCCCUGGCUUCCGCCCGCGCGUGGUAACCCAAGAGGCGAUAACAGCAACGAUAAUACAGGAGGUGGCCCAGGAGGCAACAGUGGAGGCAACAGUGGAGGCAACAGUGGAGGCAACAGUGGAGGCGGCACUGGGGGCGGCGCAACAACGACAAACGACAAUGGUGGAACGGCGCAAAGACGUGGCGGCAGGUAGAGCUCACGCACCCGUUGACGAAUAUCUUGAAUCAGGCUCGCCAAGUACCAUUUUUCUCGCUCUUUUGCCAGCCAAUGCAUCUACAUUUUUGCUCUCUCCGUUGUCCCACGCUUCCAGUCAAUUUCCGCUGCUUUGAGCUCAUGUAUAUCGUGAUAUGUACGUGAUAAGUUGUAGACGUAUGGACUUACCACGAUAUCCAUAUCUCCAAACUAAAUAUACCCGUAUGACAUCU